AUGGCGGGGGAUGUACUGACCCUUUCGGACUUGGGCAGACACAUGAACUUGGGAUCUCUCUACAACGCCGUGGAGGAUGUGCCUUUGAACUUGAUGUUGUGGCGCGAUGAGAUCCUCAAGGACUCUGGCUAUGUCAUGGCCACUCCCGCCAGAAAUGCUGCCUUCAAAUUUUCCAGCAGCGAGAGUCUUGAAAGCACUGCAAGUUUGCAGGACAUUUCCGCGGAGGCCACGCUUGCAAUUUCCGGAGGCUUCACAGCCGUGUCAGGCUCUGCGCAUUUUCUGACCGAGAAGCGUGCAAGCAGAUACACCGCACGGGUGGCAGCAAACUAUCACAUACAAACGAGGCGCCUCUCGGUCAAUGCAAGAGAUAUUGACCUAUGCGACCACAUGCAAUUUGACAGUCGUGUUUUCUCGCAUGCAACCCAUGUUGUCACUGACAUCAUCUAUGGAAACGAUGUCUCCGCCUAUUUCAGCAAGGAGACUAGAAAUGCGAGCUCGAGAGACGAAGAAGUCUCUUUGAUCAAAGCAGAACUGAAGAUUCUCAAGAAAAAGAUUGAAAAGAACAUCAGAGACAAGAACAAAAACAAGACAAGCUCUAGCUUCUUCGAUGACGUUUCCGUCAAAGUUUUUGGUGACAUCCUCCCUGGCGGGCCAGUUCCAACAAAUACCAGCUCUGCAAUUCACUGGAUGCUGACCCUUCCUCAGCAGCUGGAAGGCAAGGACGUCCCUAAACACUUGACCCUGAUGCCUUUGCUGAACCUUCCCUGCUGGCAAAGUCGAAGACUGGAAGAAGCUGCGCACUCUGCAAAAGGAGCGGUGAUUCCGAAGCUUCCCCCGCGUUUCACCCGCCUGGCUCUGGCUUUGCUGGAAGAGGUUGAUGAGUCUGAGGCGUGUUUCCAGGAUCUGCUCAAGCUUCCCCAUCGAGGAUUUCUCUCUUUGAAGUCCAACGCCCAGUGUCUCUUGCAGAAUUUGCAGUUCUACCGCCAGCACUUUUCACAUCAAGUGGAGAAAGCCAUGAAAGACUUCCGCUCGACAGGUCACGAGUACGUUUUGGAUGAGGCGUUACAACGUUUUAACCGCAGCUUUGCCCUUGAGCCUAUGCAUAGUGUGUGCGAGAGGCUGCAUGCAGAAUUUGUGGCAGCAGAAGUCUUUGACGUCUCUUUGCGCCAGCUGCGAUUGGAAAUUGCAACUACAAUUACUGACUUUGCGCAGCCUCUUGCGGCGCAGUCAGAGAUGUAUGUCCUCCUCUUGGUUGGUCACCCGAGCAGUGGACAAAACGCUCGGUUGCUUCACUCGCUUACUGCAAUGGCGAAGAAUAUGGAACGUCAGAAGCACAGCGCAGAAUCAUCUCUGAAGUGCUCACCACUCCAAAACUAUUCCUCCUGCAAUCCAGGACUUUCGAGCUUUCGUUUGAUUCAGUUCGAUGAGUUCUGCUUGCAUUUUUGUCAGCCUCGCCACUGCUCUCAAUUCUGUCAAGGGGAUGAUUGUUAUUACAUGCCAGGUGCGUUGGAUGGCAUGCCCGGUGAUUCUUUCCUUCAGCUGCCAGAGUCUUGGUGUCACUCGCCAUCCACUUUGUUGCUGCGCUCCACUGGGAAGGAACUGGCGCUGAUGAGGAGUCAGGAGUUGCAUGUUCCCUCCAUGCCACAGGUUGCGCAUGCCGAGCUUCACUACGCCGAGUUGCAAAUUGCCAUUGCCCUGCAGGCGCCAGUCACGCCUUGUGUUCAAAACCUGGGCUCCGUGGAGCCAGUUCACCACUAUGUUUUGCGUGCCAGUUGGAUAGACUCUGGCAAAGGGGCCACAUAUCACCAGGAAAUUGAAGCCAAGCCUCAGCAGCAGGGGCCAACGAGACAGAUGACGGCCACGCUUGGCCUGGUGGCAGGACGGCAGUAUUUCCUUAGUCUGGCAGCAGUUUCUGCAGCCGGGAGGGGCCCCUUUGCACGGGUAUCGCUGGAUGAUGAGAGUAAUGCAACAAACGAGACAUCUCCGAGACGUUUGUUCAACACUGGAGUUUUCUCGCAAGCGGUUGCCAUCACAGGCCCCUUCUCUGCCGGGCAUGUGGUACUGUCACUUCCGCCAGAGCAACAGAAUCGGUUGCCCAGCUGGCGUUGUUUCCCUAUGACAGUGGCCUUGUCCAGUGCAGUGCCCGAGGAUAUACAUCGAGUGGACUUUGAGACCAUGGAUGCGACUGACUUGAACUCCAUGCAUUGCUCCCCGAAAUCCACUUCCCGGAGUGAAAUCUCAUGCAAGAAAGUCGGCCGGGCAAUUGAAGCAGAUGUGAUCUGGAAGCUCAAGGUGGUUUCUGUAAGCGGAAACUUGCUUGCUGAGGGGAUGCUCAGAGAAGAGGCGCCCAGUGUAAGCACUUGUUGGGAGUGGGAUCGUGCGCAAUACUGCAAUUCCAUUGUGCCCGCUUGUGUGAAGAGUUGCCAAGAGUGUUCUGUGCGGAGCCAUCUUGGAGACAAACCUGAUUGCAAUGCUUCGGAAGCCUGGCAGCUGCAGACUCAAGAGAUCUGCUUGGCAGAUGCUGAGGAUAUCAAGCAUGACAGCCGGCGCAUGAGUGAUGUCAGUGACCUGGCAGUUCAAUAUGUUCGCAGCUAUGACAUCACCAUCUCAGAGCCCUUGCCCCAAUGCUCAGAAAUGCCCCCAAGCCCCAAAGCUGAAUCGUGUUCAAGAUUUGAAGUGAGCGAGAAGAUGGGCAUCAUGGACAGUUUGACAAGCUCUCUCAGCAACGUCACAGAGAUCUUCCUCGGAGAGCUUUGGUUUUGGGCAUCGGACGCCUCCUCGUUCAUAAGCAAUGUGUCGACGCAGGCUGUGCAAUCCGCGUUGGCAGAGGUGUUGAACGUGACUGUCAUUGAAGUUGCAGUGGUUCUUCUGCCUUUGUUGGUUCGUGGAGAUGGGAAUAUGAGGGCUGUCUUUGGAGUGGGUGUCUUGUGUGAGAGCGGCUCUGACUGUGCAAACAGCUUGCCAGACCUCCGGCAGACGUUUCUGGAUGCAUAUGAUGGAGCACCGCCUGGAGGUUUGUUAGCAGACAUUCUCAACACGCAAGGUCUGGAAGCUGCACUUGUGAAUGCAAUCGCACUCUCAGAUAUCCCGGAGCUAUUAUUCGUGAAUGAUGACGAAGGCACUACCACUACCGCCACUACCAUGACCCCCAUUGUGGUGCCCAUUGUGGCCACAGCCACCGUGGCAGGCUCAGAUAUCCCGGAGCUAUUCCCCAUUUUGGUGCCCAUUGUGGCCACAGCCAUCGUGGCAGUUAUUUUUGUCUUGUUUCAAUAUCGCAAGAAGCUCCGCGGCACUGCAGAAGCCUCUCCCACGGCGCUUCGUCAAGCGGCACCAAGAUCCUCUCCCAGUCCGGCUGGCACAUCUGGCACGCUAGGUCGGAUGGAAGGUGGCUUUCGAGGGGCUGGGUCUUCCUCGAAAAAGCUUCCUCAAAUGCCACGAAGAUCCUCACCCGGUCCGGCUGGCAUAUCUGGCACGGCCAGUUCGGCUGGCACGCAAGGGCGGAUGGAAGGUGGCUUUGGAGGGGCUGCUCAAAUGCCACAAAGAUCCUCUCCCAGUCCGGCUGGCACAUCUGGCACGCCGGCUGGCAUGUCUGGCACGGCCAGUUCGGCUGGCACGCAAGGGCGGAUGGAAGGUGGCUUUGGAGGGGCUGGGUAUUCCCCGAAGUGA